AUGUUGAGCAGCAUCUUUCGCUUCCUCUCCGGAGUGACACUGAACUGCUUCCGCUUCCACACCUUGUGGUUUUCGCCAGCAGACAGCGGGUGCAGAAAAUUCCUCGGCGCCCACUGGGUCUUCUUCUGCGUGAGCGGCAACAGCAGCCCAUCAGUCGUGAUCGCAGAACUAGAUCCAGAAUUCCAAAGUCACGGCAACCUGGAGCUCGGAAUGAGGAAGAUGAUCGGAAAGUCCACAGCGAAAAAGAGGCAGACAAGCAACUUUGAGCAGAUCGUCUUUGACCCAGCGAUGGAGGACUUGAUGCUUGUGAAUGGUGUGCAGCCACAAACUGGCGUAUCGAGUCCAAGGGACAUCUUCGGCAAAAAGAUCGCCCUUCGUUCCUUGGUUGGUGCUCUCUGGCUGUUUCUUGCACCCAUUCAGAUGAGUCCAGAUCAGACUGGAUUGAUCUUGGGUUUGGAUCAUCGGACAGUGCGGGGUCUCUUCAACAACUUCCGCUCUUGGUUGAGUCCAAUAGUUGACCGGCUGAACGAGGACUUGGUGAUUGGUGCGUUGGGUGCAGAUGUGGAGCUCGAUGAGAUUAGCUUCAGAUCGCAGGCGCUUGACGACAAGAUCCUGUGGAAUCGUUAUGCGGCAGCCGUCAAGCGUGGAAGUGCUAAAGUCUUCAUAGAGAAGUUGCCGAACCGCUUGACUGCUGCUGGGCAGGGGGGAGGGGGACCUCUGUCCAUUGAUGAGCUUAAGAAGCUUGUAGUCACAUCCAAGGGAAGCAGUCGCUUGGCACAAGGUUCUGUGUGCCAUACGGAUUCUGCUAAAGCUUACAAGAAGUUGGCCUCUGACGAACCGUUGCCAGCUUUGUACAGCGGUGCCUUGGCAGGGCCUUCGUUUUCUGAGUUGAAGCUAGCCCACAGCAACGUCAAGCAUAAGCCGCCUCACCCAAAGUUUGCCCAGUUUGGACAGGGGGCAGCAGCUCCAAAUGUCCAAGACAUUCCGGCUGGUGGCGCUGAUGUGCCCCCCGAUGAUGAGAAUCCUUUUGCCGAUCUCGAGAGUGAGCCCGAAGUUUGCGAAGUUUCGGAUGCCGACACGUAUGAAGGCAUUCCAAUUCGGUGUGCGCCGCUCCAGGCGCCACGCCUUCAGAAAGGUGCGCCAAAGGAGCCGGCGGUCGUGAUCGCAGAACUAGAUCCAGAAUUCCAAAGUCACGGCAACCUGGAGCUCGGAAUGAGGAAGAUGAUCGGAAAGUCCACAGCGAAAAAGAGGCAGACAAGCAACUUUGAGCAGAUCGUCUUUGACCCAGCGAUGGAGGACUUGAUGCUUGUGAAUGGUGUGCAGCCACAAACUGGCGUAUCGAGUCCAAGGGACAUCUUCGGCAAAAAGAUCGCCCUUCGUUCCUUGGUUGGUGCUCUCUGGCUGUUUCUUGCACCCAUUCAGAUGAGUCCAGAUCAGACUGGAUUGAUCUUGGGUUUGGAUCAUCGGACAGUGCGGGGUCUCUUCAACAACUUCCGCUCUUGGUUGAGUCCAAUAGUUGACCGGCUGAACGAGGACUUGGUGAUUGGUGCGUUGGGUGCAGAUGUGGAGCUCGAUGAGAUUAGCUUCAGAUCGCAGGCGCUUGACGACAAGAUCCUGUGGAAUCGUUAUGCGGCAGCCGUCAAGCGUGGAAGUGCUAAAGUCUUCAUAGAGAAGUUGCCGAACCGCUUGACUGCUGCUGGGCAGGGGGGAGGGGGACCUCUGUCCAUUGAUGAGCUUAAGAAGCUUGUAGUCACAUCCAAGGGAAGCAGUCGCUUGGCACAAGGUUCUGUGUGCCAUACGGAUUCUGCUAAAGCUUACAAGAAGUUGGCCUCUGACGAACCGUUGCCAGCUUUGUACAGCGGUGCCUUGGCAGGGCCUUCGUUUUCUGAGUUGAAGCUAGCCCACAGCAACGUCAAGCAUAAGCCGCCUCACCCAAAGUUUGCCCAGUUUGGACAGGGCGCGCUUGGACCGAAGAAAUUAGGGUAG